CAUGACGGCACCCACAUACGCAAACGGUGGUGGUGGACCGGGUACGAUGACUGCUGCACAGAAAAAGCUUCCACGUGCGUCGGAACUCAAUCUGCCGCUGGAGACAAUUGUGCGGAUUGCACUGACGUGUAUUUACAUUACACUGGAAUUUAAAGCCCCUUUCGUGCGCAAGAUCCAACAGGAAGAGCUAUGGCUGUAUCGCAAUCCACGCACCGACAGCUACGUCCCGCUGACCAUGCUAUGGCCAAUCGUGCUUGGUGUGCCGGGGUUGGUUUUCACGCUGCACUAUCUUAGAUCGCGCGAUCGGCAGGAACUGCGGUGUGCCGUGCUAGCGUUCACCCUCGGACUCGGCCUGAACGGUGUGGUAACGAACACGAUCAAGAUUGCGGUCGGUCGGCCGAGGCCCGAUUUCUUCUGGCGCUGUUUCCCGGACGGUGUGCCGGACGAGCAGCUGCACUGCACCGGCACGGACGUGCGGGCGCUGAUGGAUGGGCGCAAGUCUUUUCCUUCCGGACAUUCCUCCUUUGCCUUUGCUGGGCUCGGAUUUCUUAGCUGGUACCUCAUCGGGAAGCUGCACCUGAUGAACGAACGUGGCCGUGGACGUUCCGUUCGCGUAAUUGCGGCCUUCUUGCCAUUGUUCGCCGCCACGAUGAUUGCGAUCAGUCGCACGUGCGAUUAUCACCAUCACUGGCAAGAUGUUACGGUCGGUUCCUUGAUCGGCAUUGGCCUAUCUUAUCUAUGCUAUCGUCAGUAUUAUCCAGCAUUUUUCGACCGCAACUGUCAUCUGCCGUACCAGAAGCAAGAAUGCAGCGCGCCGGUGCUAGCCACGAUGCUACACAGUCCGAAUCGAGUGAAACCGCAGCGAAACGGAACUCCGCCUGCAUCACCGCUGGCUACAAACUAUGAACUUCCUGAUGGUGGUCCGGAACGGGACGAUUCUGAUGAUACCGAGACACGCCGGUUGCUUUCUUCACCCUCCGAGCAGAAGGAAGCAAAGUGGAUUUAA